CCCGCACCACGCGCUACACAACUGCAGAACAAACACGAGUACACAGUAACUGAUUACUAAUUAGUGUGAUUAUUAAACAGUGAUUAAUUGUUAAAUAUAUCGUGUAUUUUGUUUGGUGUUUCAUAAUAAUUAACGAUGCAACAAGAACCGAAUUACUACAUAGUGAUGUUCAAAGUUAACGAUUUACCCAAGUAUGCAGUCGUCCCGACUUCGUGGGUGACAGAUAUAAGACAUGUGAAUAAUAGUAAUAAAGGCGUGCUUGCCUUGCCUACCGACGUGGCGUCGACUGAAGCUCGUGUGAAGUACAACGAGGCACCGGCGGCCGACUGGAAAGAGGUCCUGUGCGAAGUCUUACAUAGUAGCGGCGACUACAGCGCCGCUAAAAUCUACGUCAUGGAACAGAACGAAGCCGCGCGGAAAGAAUCAUCAGCUCCGACCAACGAAGGGUCGAAGGCAAAGAAACGUAAAACGGAGCGGUCAUCAGCUCCCAGGCCUAAACUCACUAAACUUGACAAAGAAACACACACAAAAACAAAAGCAUUUAAACAAGAUCACAAACAAAUAUUUCUUGAUAACCUAAAAACGUUGUUCAAUGAAAUAAUACAUUUGGUGUUCGAAUAUACUGGCGCACAUGGCGAUGAAUCUCCAGGGAAGAUGAUUGGAGGUAUCAAUGACUGUAAUGGUUCUCCAAACACAGACGGCGCAAGAUGGACGCUGAGACAUCCGCAGCGGGGCCUGGGACUCGUAGAACUCAUUAAAGACAGCAAGGUAUAUGUUAUUAAGCGAGAACUCGAACACUACACGUCCUCUGCAGAGACGAGCAAGGACCUCGUGCGAACAUUAUUAACUCUCAUCUUUACCGAUGAAGCACUGUCUUCUUGCACGUUAAGAUUGAAGAAGAAUAAGUUAGACAGUAACGCUGUUAAGGCGCUAUUGGAUUACAUGAAAAGUGUCACGCGUCGCAAGGGAUGGGACAGCGACGAAGUUUACUUAAAGUACUGUAUAUCUAAAAAUUUAGAGUAUAUGAGAACGAAAAGUACUAGACGUUGUUAAAGCGCAGUAUCCAGAGAACUCAGUUUUUAUUAAUGCAAUUGAACGCUGCUUUAUGGUAAGAGAUACGACCGCCGUGGACAGUAGCGAUAUUCGAAUAACAAAGUUCUGAGUGGCACUCUACGCUCGUCACAAUGAGAACAUAAAUGUUAAAUCUGACAAUGCCCAGAGAUUUGACAAUUCAAAAAAUUAACAUCCUGUUUAUCCAAGAAAAAAUCGUCUCAGGGGCCUUAAACAUCCGCCUUCUCCGAUAGCUUUUCCUGAUGAACAGAUUGUGAACGUGGAACAAACUCCCAUAGGAUGUGGUUGCAGCUGAAAAUGCGAACGGGUUUAAAAACAAACUUGAAAAAUAUUUACCUGGAAAGUGAAACCGGAAUCCAGAAUUGCGGGAUACAGGUAUAUCAGUUGAACAAACUGCCUGUCUAAGAUAUAAUAAAUAACAGAUCACGCUAGCUACAAUGUCCUUCGAAGCGGAUUUUUACUGGUUGGCAGUAGAAAUAAAAAAGCAUUACCUGCCCAGACGGAGCCUAGAUGAGACCAACCACCAGUAAAAUGGUGAAUUGCACGCAACCAGCAUUAAAACAUAUGUCAAGUGCUAGAUAUCCACGCACGGGGCACAUUGCCGCGUCUCUUUACACACAGUUAAGUGUGUACACCUCAUGGUUCCCAAAUUCACGUUGAGGUCUAUGAGGACUUGAAAAUUUCCUGGCCUUCUCCUCUCCAAUCUUUGGGUUUCUUUUUCUUUCCUGAAACUUCCUUACAAUCAGAGGCGGCCUUUGGGGGAGGCGAACCGGGCAACCGCUCGGGGCCUCUAUUACAGAGGCCUCGCGUGGUGCCUCGCAGAACCUUUUCUUUACGUUCUUACCGACGAACCUGUUAAAACAGAAACGUUUUUUUACUCUGCCCGGGGUCUCGCGUCUGUUUAUUUUUGUUUUCGCCUGGGACCCAGGGCCGUAGCUAGGGGGGGGCAUUGUGGGGCAAUGCCCUACCUUAAAAUAGCCCGCCCUUAAUAAUUAACAAAAUUGUACAGUACUACUGAACGAAAAUAUAUGGCGCAGCGGUUUUUUUAUUUUACGAUUUGGAAGUUGGUCCCAUAGUAAGAGUUAUUCGUAUUGAUGGGUGAAAUAACUCUCUUUCGAGAUUUAUGGGAAUUUUGUCACAAUCUGAACAUAUUCCCUUUUUUUUUUUUUGCUCCCUUUAACGAGUGAAGAAAACCAGAAAUCGAUUAAGCAGAUCAGAUUUAGUAACAUUUUUAUUUCCGACCUGCUUGUAAUAACGGCUGCCCUACCUUAAAUUCAAGUCUAGCUACGACCCUGCUGGGACCUAGCGUCGUUUAGAGCCGCCACUGCUUCCAGUUAUCCCCUUCCAACUUCCGAUCCUCCGGGUCCCCUAUAGUAGCUAAUCCGGGGGAUUCCACCAGUGUUGCGAGGUCUGAUACAAAAAAGUACCAGUUAUUAUGAUAAUAGUUACUUGUAAUAUCCAUUUAUUUUUAUAAUUGUCUAUGUAUGAUGUACUGACCAUUUCAGUUAUUGUAGAUUGAAAUUGAAAAUAUGUGAUUCACCUGGAGUACCCGACUGUACCACAGUAUUACCUAUUACCUCAUAACUGUACCUGUCAUUGUUAAAUUAAUACAGCGCGUUGAGCUGACGUUACAGCUCUAUAAAAUGGCGGAAGAAAGCUCAGUGUAAACAGAUAAACUAUUAUUUAUUGUAAUAAAACUAUUUUGCGGAUCCUU